AUGACAAACUUGAGAGAAAGUAUUUCAAAAGACAUUUAUAAAAAACGGGAAAAUGAAUUAUCAAUAUUACGAAAAAAAAGAAGGGAAUUAUUCCAAAGUCAAAAACGAGGGAUUAAUGAAAAUGAAAUUGAUUAUAAUAAAUAUUCAAUAAAUGAUUUUGAAAUAAUAAAUAAAACUAUAAAAACAUGGGAAUAUUAUCUUUAUGUUAAAAAAAUAUCAAAUGAACAAAAUGCUCCAAUCUUUUUUAAAUAUGGAAAUAAACGAUUACAAGAAAUAAAAGAAAUUGAAUCAAUUAAAGAUAUAUUUAUGUCAAUAGAAAUUUUAUCAAAAUUUCAUUCAAUACAAAUUCAAUUAAUAUCAUCAAUCUCUUAUUUUAGAAAUUUUCUUUUUACAAAAUGUUGUAAAGAAAUAUUAAGAAUAUUUACAAAUAUGUGUUAUAAUCAUUCUUUUAAUGAAAGUUUAGCUUCAUCUUUUCCUCAAUUACUUUUUUGUGAUAUUCAAGAUUGUUUUUCUGAAUUUUGUGAUUUAAUUUUAUCUAUUAAUGAACAAACGUUAUUUAUUUGGAUUAAUAUUGGUAUUAUAAAAAGAUUAUUUGAUUUCUAUGGAACAGAUAAUCUUGUUGAUACGUGUACUGAUCAUUUAACUACAUUUUUAGACUUUCUUGAAGAUUCUUUAGAUGAUAAUGAUUUUGUUCAAUUGGAUGAUAGAAAUGAUUCUAUUACUAUCAAUAUAUUACGUGUAUUAAACAAAUGGCCUGUUAUAGCUACUUAUUUUAUUAAUGAAACAUCUGUUAUACUUCUUCAAUUUCUACCUCAAAAUGAUGAUGAAAUUACUCUUUUUAUAGAAACUAUUUCUUCAUUAAGUCAAUGUUCAUUUAAAACACAACUUUUGGGAAUCAUUCAACAAAAUAGUUAUUUGAAAGUCAAUAAACAUAAGUUAUGUAAUAUGAAUUGA